AUGACAUUUAUCUAUCUCUUGAUCAGUAUCGAAGGCGGAGUUUUGAAUAGGGAACUACGAAAAGCUGUAAUUUCACACUUACGCAGGCUUGGUGCAUUGAGCCGUGCUGCCGCUGACCUGUUUAUCUAUUCCCACAAUCAACAUGUCGACCCAGAAACGUUACAUUUGCGCGUGGCUUUCAAGACAGCAAGCUUACGUUGA